CCCUUGCGAUCGUCAACCUUAGGAGAACAAUAGGCGGUGUUUUUGCAACUUAUCCCACUCAGUUGCAGAGAAAUCCCAGUUUCUUGCGAACUCUGCCAAGAAUUGAGUUGUGCGUCUCUCAGUGGGAAAAUGUGUGCAAAAGCUUGUGCUUCGUUGGAACCUUCAACUUGAAAAUCUCUCUCUCUCCUGAUCUCUUCAACAUCCACUUUAAUCUGUUGUGUUAAGAAAUUAUUGCUCGCGAAACCUCGAGUGACCCAAAGAUGGAUAUAAUUACCAAUUUGCUGCAAGACAAUUCGCAAAAAGUUGCACUGGGAGCCGUUGGCCUCUUCGCCCUCUACCUGAUGUUCGGCUGGGCCGCGCAGUUGCUGUGCAACACCGUGGGCAUCAUCUAUCCAGCCUACAUUUCCAUGAAGGCCAUCGAGACGAAGGACAAGAGUGACGACACCAAGUGGCUGACUUACUGGGUCAUUUAUGCCGUUCUCUCCACUGCUGAGUUCUUCUCUGGCUUCAUCACCAACUUUAUUCCCUUCUACUGGCUCCUGAAGUGCAUCUUCCUCGUGUGGUGCAUGGCGCCCAUUCAGCAGAAUGGGUCUGUCUUCCUCUACCACAGAUUUAUCAGGCCGUUCUUCUUGAAGCACACCUCCGAAACUGAUGCUAUGCUGGACAAUCUCACGGAGAAGGCGAAGAAGAUGGCCGAGGAUAUCAUUCACAAGAAGGAAUGAAGUGAAUUGUAGAGACUAAAACCACCGAGAAUGAGAGCAUCGCAGAAGAUUAUCAAGAUUGUUGCUUAGAAAAAUUGUACAUUUGCCUCGAAAAUCUACCCUUUUCUUCCCAUAUUCUCGAACAUGAAAAAAUGGCCAAGCAAAUUGUGAUGCCGACACAAAUUUUAGGGUAGUAAAGAUUUGUAUUCUCGUCAAGAAUGCAUCGAGAAUGUUAAUUACCUUCUUCUGGUUUAUGUAUUUCUUUUAUAUAAAUUCACCAUUAUUGAGAAUGUUGAGCAGAUAAAGACAUUGUGGUUUAAGAGACUCUAGCGAAUAAAAAUAAUGAGAUAAAA